ACCUGUAUACCAUCCAUCCUUGCGAACACCCUCAUAUCUGAUUUAAUUAAUCAGCUGCAGUGCCACACACAAUCAACAAAGACAAAUGUCUCAGGCUCAAGCUGCAAACACUGUGCAAGUGACGGCCUACGCCAAGGUCGACGCCGUCCAUGUCGAUGCGGUGAAGCAGCGGCCGGGCGUCCCCGUGCUGGUGCGCGUCGUCGCGCCACCGCCGGCGGCGGCGUCAUCGGAGCGCGCCCCGAUUGACCUCGUCGCGGUGCUCGACGUCAGCUGCUGCGGCGGGCUGGGGCCGGUGAACCGGAUGGAUCUCCUCAAGAAGGCCAUGGGCUUCGUCAUCGACAAGCUCGGCGAGCAUGACCGCCUCGCCGUCGUCCCCGUCCAGGCCUCCGCCGCCAUCGCCGAGAAGCACGAUCUCGUGGAGAUGAACGCUGAGGGACGGAAGGAGGCCACUAGGAUGGUGCAGUCGUCGUUGACGGUCACCGGCGAAAACAAGUUGUCAACGGCCUUGAAGAAGGCAGCGACGAUAUUGGAAGGUCGGAAAGACCAUGACAAGAAAAGACCGGGGUUCAUCGUCCUCAUCUCCGACGGCGACGACGCCUCCGUCCUCAACGAUGCCAUGAACCUCAACUGCUCCGUCCACGCCUUCGGCUUCCGCGACGCCCACAACGCAAGGGCCAUGCACCGCAUCGCCAACACCUCGGCCGGCACCUACGGCAUCCUCAACGACGGCCACGACGGGCUCGCCGACGCCUUCGUCACCAGCGUCGGCAACAUCACCUCCAUCGUCGCCGUCGACGCGGAGGUCAGCGUCUCCUGCAGCGGCGCGGAGUCGACGGCGGCGAAGCUGACGGCCAUCGAGUCCGGCAGGUUCAAGCACGACAUCAAUGGUGGCGGAAAGCGCGGCACCAUCCAGGCCGGCGCCCUCCAGGCCGGCGCGGUGAGGAGCUUCCUCGUCUACGUGGACAACGUCGGCGACGACGAGCUCGAACACCUGCCGAGCAUGCUCACCGUCGGCGUGCAGUACGAGGACCGUUCGACGACGACGUCGCAGAACGCGGCGGAGAACCAGGCCGGGCGAGAGAUGGCACGGCGAACCGCCCAGGUCGUCGUCGUCAGGGACGGCGACGAGCACUCGAGGUUGGUGGCGGCGGAGAUCGUCCGCGUCGCGGCGAUGAGGAUCGUCGGCGAGAUCAUCAAAAAUUACGGCGACAACGGGAGGGCGCUCGCCGGCGCCGCCGACGAGCUGCACAAGCAGUGGAGCCUCCUGAAGAAGUCGGAGUUCGCCAAGGAGGCCGCCCCGGCGUGCUUCGUCUCCGCGCUCGACGCGGAGAUGUCGGAGAUGGAGGCCACCCUGCGCCGGAGCUCCGGCAUGUCGUACAUGCUGUCGUGGCAGACCUGCCACUCCCUGCAGCACCUGCAGCACGCGCGUUCGUCGUCGUCGCCGUCGGCGACGACGUCGGUGGCGGCGGCGGCGAAGGGGAACGGCGGCGCGUCGGCUGUGGCGGCGGCAGCGCGGCAGAGCUUCACGGCGGGAGGGGCGGCGGCGAUGGGCAAGUUCGUGUGGUCCGGAGCUCAUCACGGCGGCGGCGGCGGCGGCGGCGAGAGGAAGCGCAAGUACCAGAGCUCGGAGAUGGAGAUGAUCGAGCAGCGGCUGGCGUACUGGACCAAGGUGAAGUGCGAGCUGCCGCCGAUGCAUCACGACGGCGAGUGCCCCGACCACAUGACCACCAUCUUCCGCGAUGCCUCCCGCGACUCCAUCGACCGCGCCAUGUUCCACGACGUCUUCUUGGCCGUCGUGCAUGCGACCGGCCGGAGGAGCUCCAAGUCCGGCGGCGGCGGGGACAGUUCAUGCGGCCUCUGAGACGGCGGAGCUGCAUGCAUGCAAACGCCGGCCAUCUGCAUCCAUGCACAUGCAUGCAUGCAUGUAUGUUGCAUGUGCUUCCAUAUAUAUAUAUAUAUAUACAUACAUACAUACAACAAGAAUACAAAUUAAUAUCACCCAUAAAUAAGAUUAUACGUACGCCAUGAUAUGCUUAUAAUUAAAUAUGCUUACGUAUGCAUGCAUGCAUACGCUAUGUACGGACCGUAUAUAUAGAUACUACUGCUUUUCGCCGUUCUGGUACGUGUACAUGCCCCUAUAUAUGCAUCACUAUCGACACAUUGUAUACCAGUACUACAAAUAUGCAACUGUUCAAGUGCUAUAUUUUUGCCUCUGCAAUUAUUCAGUACUUCGAGCUAAAUUAUCCUAACUACGUGCCUAAACAAGCUAAGUUCAGUUAACAAGUUGAUUAUGAUAUGUUCGGGGUUCGUCAAUCUCAAGAUAUACCAAUAUAAGUAUACACCGGGAAUGCUUAUAGAAGUAAGGUGCAUAUAUAUGUAUGUUUAUAGGGACGAGUACUUAUUGUAAGCGGUACAUUUGUAUUAUAUUGUAUUUCUUUUGAAUAAAAGAAGCGGUUAGAUGCGUAAUAUCUGUAAUUGCACCUGUUCCAGAAGAACCCUAACUAGUACUACUAUGUGUACACGUCCUUGCGAACUUUGAGGCAGACAAGCAGGGUGGAAGCACUCCGUGUACUGUGACCCAGCAAGAUCCGGGCCGUUCGUAUCUCAGAUCGGAUGAUAGAAGUCUAUCUCUUUUUUUACUUUUUCUUUUUUUUUCUUUAUUUACCUGUAAGCUGUAAAUAUCGAGCUAUUAAU